AUGCUGCCGGCUCAGAUGCCGGGCCAAAGAUGGUUCAGUGGCUCCGCCACCAAGCAGACAGACCUGCUAGCGGAUGGACCGAACAAGAAGUCCCGACUGCUUGAUCUUAUUCAGCUUCCAGAAUCCCUGGACGAUGCUAUGCUGCAACCAGCCAGCACCGCGACGCAGCAAACACUGCCAGCUGACGAAGCGCAACGCCAACUGGGGACCUUGCAGCUAGGCUCUGGCGACGAGCCUGCGUCACCUAAACCGACUGAUGUCUCUCGGGCUAUCCAAAUUGAUGCAGCUGCACCUACCUUGGUUAAGGCUGCAACGGACACGAUGGUGGUGGACAAUCCAAGUUCCACACCUCACUUGGUUGCUACCACGGUAACCCCAUCGGGGCAAGGGACAACAGCAGCGACAGACGUACUUCUCGAUGCAGAACAAGCUAAAGCGGAGGCGGCAACAGGCGCAUAUAAGCCUGAUGGACCCCUCUUGCCAGAGACCUCUCCGGAGCCAGGACCCUCUGAUGCAGCGGUGGCUGUGGUCAGCGGUGAUGCUGCCGUGGACAGCAGCGCGCAAGAGGGUCAGGGCGGCGACGAAGGCGAGGGGGAGGUGGCCAGUCGCCAAGUGGAGAGUGCAGCGCCGGUGUGCGGCAACGGAGCCGGCGAGGGUCGCGCCGGGGGCUACGAGGUCUUCAUCGGCGGGCUCCCGCCAGACGCGCGCGAGGAGGACGUGCGGGGAGGCUUGUCAGAGAUGGCGCAGAGCGAGGUGCUUUCAGUGCGGCUGCAGAUGACCCGCGGGACAUCCAUAUGCAAAGGCUACGGUUUCGCCACCUUUGCUGAUGAGGCCGCGGCGCAGCGUGCUGCGUCCGCGGCGGCUGGCGGUGCGCGGUUGUGCGGCCAACGCGUGGGGCUGCACGCCUCCAAGCGGCCGUUCCGCGCCGUACUAGCUACGGCUCAGGCAGCGGGGACGCAGCCGCCUCUGCCGCUAAGCCCUGAUUCGGAUGCAUCCAUCAACGAGCUUCUGCGUGUGCUGAGGGAGCAUCCGGACCGGCGGGCGGCUCGGUUAACAUGGGCCUUGCCAUGGGCUCAUGGCAUGCGGUGCGCGUUGCGACUAAAGUGCGCGGCGCUGGUUGUACAGCGGGGUGCCAAGCGUGCCUAUCCGGCUUCAGCGGGAGCUGCCGCGCAAACCAGCGGCGGAGCCGCUGCCGCCGCGGUCCCCGCCGCUGCAACUGGUCCUCAACAGCGGCCGGUGGCGGAGGCUAAGCGGCAGGCUACAGCCGCAACCGUAGCGGCUGCAGCUGCUGCCGCGCCAGCGCCAGCGAGUGAACCAUGCGCCGCGGCUCCCCAGACAGGUGGUGGCAGCGGCCAAGGCGAAGUCAAUGAAGGCGGCGGCGCGCCCAAAGCGGAUGUUGCAGCUGUGCCCAAGGCAGAUGCUACGACUCCACGGACCGAUGCGCCGGCGGCAACCCCCGCUACCGAGCCGACCCCUACAGAGGAAGCGCCGGCAGCGCCGGCGGCUGUGCCAGCCAAGGGCGAGGAGGCCUCCAAGGCUGCCCCAGCCGGGAAGAAGCAGGUCCAAGCUGCGGCGCCGGGGCCGGCGUCAGCAACGGCGACUGGCAAGGGAGGGAAGAAGGGCACGCCGGGGGAGAAGGCCGCGGGCACGGCCGGCUCUAGCGGCGCUGGUCGCGCCGCCGCUGUUGCUGGUACAUCUGGCGGCGGCGCUUCUGCAGGUGGCGGCAGUAGCAAUGGCGGCGGCGGCGGUGGCUCUGCUCCGGGGGCCAUGUCCCCAGACCUGACGACAGCCCUGGCAGCUUAUCCCAAGAUCAACAAGCUGAUCAAUUCCCUCAAGGGAACCCCUCGUCCCAAGACACCCCUCAUGAUUCUGCACGAGUACGCUUCCAAGAUGUCGUACGAGGUGACGAAUCAUGAGACGAGCGAUGGGCCCUCGGGUCCAUACACCGUGGAGACCCGCAUGCUGUCGGGAGGCAAUCGGGGUACCACCAUUGCGACGGCUUCCGGCAAGGCCCGGACCAAGAAGGACGCCAAGCAAGUGUCCGCCGCGGCCGUCCUGGAGAAGCUGCUUGAUGGGCCACGUGGUGUGUCUCCACAAGACUUGCUGCCACUGCCCAAGCCGGCGGCGGCCGCGCCGGCUGCUGCACGAGGGCCCGGUCGAAGGGCAGAGCAGGAGAGGGGCGGGGGCCGGAAGGGUCGUUCGGGGGCCGGACCUGGUGCCGGGGGAGGCGGCCCGCCGCAGCCGCAACAUGCGCAUAUCCACCACCGCGACGCGCUCAACAGAACCGGGCAGCUACCGCCGCCAUCGAUGAAGCCGCCGCCGCCGCCGCCACCACCGUCGUUUCAUGGCGGCCUUCGCAGCGGCGGACCGCCUUUUGGCGGCGGCGGCGGCGGAGGAGGAGGGCACCUCGGGCCCAUGUCCAGAGCGCCGUUCAGCGGUGGUGGUGGUGGUGGUGGGACGAGCUACAGUGCCGUGCAGCCAGGCCUUAUGCCUGCGAGCCACUCGGCAGCUUCGGGGUUCGGAGGACUUGGCCGCAAUGGCGGCGGCGACGGUGGAGGCCGUGGACAAUGGUCCGGAGGAGAUUCGUACGACGGUCCUGGAUACGGCAACCUUGGGUAUGGCAACAGCGGCGGCAGUGGUGGUGGCGGCGGUGGCUCGAUGGUGCAAUUGGGGCUGAGCAGCAGCGGCAGGGACAGCAACAGCCGGGGCGGUGGUGGGCUGGGUAUGGACUCGUACGGCGCACCAUCGUCGUACGACAUGGCAGCUGGCCAGAAACGGAACUACUCUACGGCAAUGCAGGUGCGGUUUGCGGAUUGGGAAGAGGCGGCAUACGGCUCUCCAGCCGCGUCUCAAGGUCUUCUCCCCGUAAACCCGCCACAACAGCCCGCUGCCGGUGCCGUGGGUGCCUUGAUGGGCGGCGGAGGGGUAGGCGUAGGCUUGGGUGGAGCCCAGGACCCGUUUGCCGCGCAGGCUGGCGGUGUCAGCCGGGGCGGGGGUCUUGGAGGCAGCGGCGCCAUUGGCUCAGGUACGGCAGCGCUGGCGCUGCAGCAUCAGUCGUUCAACCUGGGGCAGCCGGCGGUGCAGUCCAACAUCUACGGCAUGUCGUCGUCGUUCACACAGGGCCAGGCCCAGCAGCCCCAGCAGCAGCAAUACGGCAGUACGGGGAUGUACAGCGGGCUGUCCCAGUUGCAUGGACUUCUUCCUGUGCAUGUGGCCAUCUUGCGUCUUUUCGCGGGGAGGCAGUGCACAGCUCGAGAGUGGUACAUGUUCAUCUCAGACAAAGCAGGUGUAGGUUCGCUGCCCAGCCGAACCUUUGGAAGAGAUGCCGACACCGAGUGGUGGCUGGGAAAGAGGGGAUCGGCAGCAGUCCCGGCAGUCGUGCCAGAUGCGGACAUUAUGUCCUCUCAUCAGUGCGCCGCCGCGAUGUGCCGGACCAGGGUUACGCAGAGGAAAAUCGCACAACGAGCUCCCCGCAUUGCAGGGUGGGGCUGGGGCGAGGUCGGGUGUGCUGUGGUUGGAAUGCUGGACCUCGAUACGAUGCGGUGUUGGGGUGCCCCCGGGGAAAGUCAGACCUCAGGCAAAGCAGUGCGCGAUAGUGCCGGCGGUAGUGCCCGUGGAGUGAGACAAGCGCCUCCAAUCUCGCAAGCGAAGGGUCUCAAGCUGGCGGUGCUUCAGCGAACCGAGCAACUAGAUGGGAACCUAUCAGACAUGGCAGCAUAA